AUGCUAAAUUCUCCAGACCGCCAGCGUAAGUUUGAGCUACUGCGUGCUCACUGGGAGGCUGCUGAGGUUGGCGAGCAACGAGCAGAUAUGGUGGGCAGGAGGGAAAAACAGGCACUCCAUCGUCAACCGAGCAACGCACCACUGGGUAUGAAUGCGCCCGGCACCAACAACAUUACUACCGAAGUUGCAAGCCAGGACGUUCUACUUUCACCUCAGGCCGACUCUAUAUCAGUAACGACCUCCAGUGACCCACCUGCACCUCCGCAAGACGUUCACACGAGUGAAGAUCUCGACACUUCCACACAUCUAGCUCGAUCGGGGACAUUUAGCUACUUACCACGUCCUACGAAGGCGAACAGUGCCACGCAGCCCGUCACCGAGCUGGACGAGCCCAAGGCAACGAUGCAAGACACAGUCAUGACCGACUCAAGCUCUCUUUCACCAACGAGAAUUCCAACACCAAGCCUUCCACGUUCGAAGCGUCGAGUCUCUAGUCCACGGCAACACCUGCCUAUUAAUCCAUCACUCCAGCCUAAGACCACAGCAAACCGUCGGUCACUCACAGAGGCCGUCAAAGAUUCGCCGUUAAAGUCAGCGGUUCGCUCACAAACAACCUCAAACCUCGUGAAGACGACCAACACGCUCAAUUCAGCAAGCUAUCUAGCGCCGAGAAGAACAGAACUGAAAAGAUACUUCGCUUCUUCUGCACGGCAACAGCCUGUGCUCGCAGAAAACAUGCCGACCAACAAGCGAGUAGCGCAACGGCGGUCCCAUAUGCAGGAUGGACCAGUCAAGCGAGAAAGUUUGGCAAUGCCUUCUGCUGUGUCCAGCAGAAGAUCGAUUGGACCACUUACGCCGCUUGCACAACACAAGCGUGCAAGCCUUGCACCGUCUAGCAGCACCAAACACUCAAGCUUGCACCUCUCACAGGAGCCAGUGACUGUCAUACGUUCCAAGAAUGUGAAAAAGGAACCGUAUGAACUAGAUGCCGCUCUUCCUCUAGUAGGAAUGUCUGCAGUGCAGUCUCAGUCCAACCACUUGACGAGCUCGCCGACGCCGACUCUUUCUACAGUCAACCUCACACUUCCACCUCUGGUAGAUGUUAGUGAUGACACACAAAGAAGAACACUCGGGACGUCAAACGGACUGGGCGGUGUUUGGAGAUCCUCCAAGAUCUUUGCUACUGCAAACCAUCAGGUGAGAAGGCUCCCCCGUGCUUCCACCUAUCAUUACUUUGGAAGACAUUCGAACGUGCCUCCUGUGCCUGCCAUUCCGGAUCAAUAUAAGGAGCCAUCAAUUUCCAAUUUCACUCAGCCUUUGCCACAGCAUUCCCUCUCAACAUCAUCCUCAAAGUGGCACCACCGUAUCCCAAUGGCUUCAGAUAAUUCCGAGACCUCGAGCAAAUCUUUGCUAUCUGAGAUAGCUACAGCCCAGAGAUCUACAGAGGCUGCAUCACUAAAGUCUAGUACAGCAUCAUCAAACUCUUCGAGCGACCUUCAAGCGUUGCCUCCAAUGCCGACGAAGCUCCAUCUCAAACGCACGAGGAGAUCGAUCUCAUCAUCACACCCGCCCCGGCUGGCUGCAGAAUUGCAGACCCAACGCCACUGGAACACAUCUGACACGUUUUACCCAGACAAUGCUGACGACGCAACUCAUCUACAGGUCAAAGAUUACAUGCCACCGUUAUACUGGGCAGGCCGGUUCCAGUCUCGAUUUGACCGCUGGCGCACAGAGGCGAUGGUAGCAAUGCUCCAUCCCGAGGUUAAAAGUGAAGAUGAAGGACUCUUAGGACAAUGCAGCCUAGACGAAGAGAAAAAGGCCACGAUCCUAAUCUUUAUGCAACUCAGAGAUCUUUGUGCUACUGCUCAAGCAGGAGACAGUCUUCACGAAUUCGAGUACAGAUACCGGAAGGAUCACAAGCUUCUCGAUACUAAAUUCGAUCUUCCACCAUCACUACGUAAGCCCGAGGAAUCGACCCCUAAAGGACCUAUUGGCCGCGCUGUGCGAAAACUGACGCCUCGAAAGGCUAGCUUUGCCAACUUGUUCAAGGGCAAAGGCUGGAACAAAACCGAUGAUCUGAAGGCAGAGAUGCCUGGACACGUACGUGAGCUCCAGGAGAUAGAGGGCUUGUCUACGAGCCACGAAGAUGUAGACUCAGAUAGCUACGGCUCCAGCACUCAGCUACAUGCUCUUUGAGAUCGCCAAAUCUCCGAACGCCUCGCGAAAGUCGAUGAUACGCGGACGUGAUGUAUAUGCUCGCUCUAGGGCGGGAUGCGCAAGCUGGAUGAGUGACGGACUCAUGGCACUCUCAAGGCGAUUCUUGGAACUGCAUGGGCUCAACAAGGCACCUAUAUCUUCAUGCAGAUAUUCAGAGAUCAAGAGCAAUUUCACUACCACAUUCCAUCCAGACAGUACUCGUCCGGGCGUUCCUGGCCAGCGAAAGGAAAUAUCCAUAAGGCGGCAUGUCAUCUCAUUGAAUCAAUGUCAUUAGAUUUGUGGUGUCGUGGCGACUCUAUCUUGUAGUACAUGCGCA